AAGUGCACUCUGCCCACCGCCACCGAUCAGGGAGGGUGUCAGUGUAAGAGGUGAAGAUAAGAAGAAAAAUCCAUACAGAGAAGAUCGCCGGUUCUGGCAAGUUUCUUCGAGGGAAGUGCAACAAAUCACCGGUGAGUGGAACGACUCGUCAAGUGCAUCUGAACCCCCUCGUCGGGUCGCGUGUUUCAAGGCUUUACGAUCGACUAGUCGACACUAUUCUUCCGCCGGGAGUCAUCAGAGGAUCAGUUAAGAUGACUGUGGAAUGCAUUGAGGAUUUGUAUCCCACCUAAUCCCGGUUGCGUAGGAAAGGACAGUGUACGUGUGGAAGUGACCAUUGACAAAGCGAUUUUAUUUUAAGGAAGAACAAGAUUUUGCAAUUUUGGUGCGGUGUGCGUGAGACUGCGGGAAGAACCGUGGGUGAGUGCACGUGUGUGCGAACUGCUGAGCGAUCUACAAGUAAUGGAUAGCGAAUUUACCGAGUUCUUCAACCAGACCUGGAAUAGUAAAUUUCAAGGCAGUAGAGCUGGACUCAAUGGCGAUGGGAGCGGCGAUUCGGAGGAUGGAGGAGGGGGAGGCGGAGCAGGAGCGGCCGGUAGUGGUCUCACUAUAUUUGGCGGAGCUUCCGCAGCAGCUAUGGCUGCUGCUCCGAAGCUUUCAUCGAGAUUGACUCAACCACCUCCUCAGCACCAACAGCAACAGCAACAGCAACAGCAGCAACAACAACAAUUACAACAACAACAACAGAAUCCUCUUGCAAGCUGCAACAACUCCUCCGGUGGCAUUCAAAGUAGCAGGAAUGAUAAUCUGCUCUCGGACACCCGGCAUUUCCUGAACGAAAUAGCCAACAGUCAUAAGAGUCUGCAACAGCUUCACCAGCAACAUAAUCAAAACAAUAGAAACCUAUUUACAACAUCAACAGCAACAACCGCAAGCAUAGCAGCUGCCGCAACGACUGAAUUACGUGAUACAAAUCUAGGGCCUUUAAGAAAUACCAGUAGUAGCAGUAGUAGUACCAACACUAGUAGCAGUAACAGUAGUAAUAGUGUCAAAAAUAGUCAUAGCUUUACUCGUGAUACCAGAGAGUUUCCCAAGCUCAGCCAUAGACUGAUGCAACCGCUGAACGAUGGCGGCGGAACGUCCUUCGCCGGCAGUAACAAUAACAACAACAACAGUAACAACCGCCAACAGUCGACGAGCACGAUGAUGAACCAGCAGGACUUCAAUGCAUUCUGUUCAUCGUUGACGGCGGCUGCGGCGGCCGCGUCCGCUGCCAGCAGUGAUAUGGCCGACAGCACCACUCCGCCGCCACCGCCAUCGUCGAUGGGCGGUGCAAGUGGGUCGACGGGGUCGUGCGGGGGAGCAUCGUCCGGAUCGAUCAACACCGGAAAUUUACUGGCGGCGGCUGCAGCCGUAGCUGCCGCUGCGGCCAGUGGAGGCGAUUACAUUGGGCUGACCGGUGGGCACCACCCACACGAAAAGAAGCCACCCAAUUCGAUUCGAGCGCAAAUCGAAAUCAUCCCCUGCAAAGUGUGCGGUGACAAAUCGUCCGGCGUCCAUUACGGUGUGAUAACCUGCGAGGGAUGCAAGGGCUUCUUCCGGCGCUCGCAGAGCUCCGUCGUCAACUACCAGUGCCCCCGGAACAAGCAGUGCGUCGUCGAUCGAGUCAACCGGAAUCGGUGUCAGUACUGUCGACUGCAAAAGUGCCUAAAGCUGGGAAUGAGUCGUGACGCGGUCAAAUUCGGUCGAAUGUCGAAGAAGCAGCGGGAAAAGGUCGAAGACGAGGUACGGUUUCAUCGAGCCCAGAUGCGUGCCCAGAGCGAUGCGGCGCCCGACAGUUCAGUGUUCGACACCCAGACGCCCUCGAGUAGUGACCAGCUCCAUCACAGUUACAACGGAUAUGCGUACAACAGUGAAGUGGGUUAUGGCAGUCCCUAUGGCUAUUCGACGUCGGUCACUCCUCAACAGACGAUGGGCUACGACAUCUCGGCAGAUUACGUGGAUAGUACAACAACUUAUGAACCUAGAAGUACGAUAAUAGACUCAGAUUUCAUAAGUGGACACAACAAGGACGGCUCACCAAACCAUCGAGCAAUAACGCUGAACGAUAUUCGUUUGGCACGAGUUCAACAGACUGCAACGACCACCACUAAUAGCAACAAUAGCGCCGGUGGAGGUGGUGGUCAACAGCCGCAACCACAACAACAACCAGGUCAACAGCAGCAACAAUUGACCCAACAACAGCAGCAGCAGAAUCCAAAUCAGCAAACAGCAAUAACAACGCUUCCGAAUGCAACCUCCGGCGCCGCUAACAACAACAACAACAACAACAACAACAGCACAAAUAGUACAAUUAUCACCAUCAAGCAGGAGCAGCUUACGGGCGUCGAUAGCCUCGUGGGAAGCUUCGUAGACUCGACGACCUUCCUGCCCUCGCCGAACAGCCAACAGCAGAUGGUCAAUCCCAAUCUGCUACCCUCUGCUGUCACGACCGGUCCCGCCGGUUUGGCACAAACCGUUGUUUCCGGUUCAGAAGUCACACCAGGUAACAGCAUAAGACGUAGCGACUGCUGCCAGCAGAACCCGGUGUCCUCGGUUGGCAACGGUACCAACGGAGGGGCCGAUGGUAUCGGGGUGCCCCACUCGCACCAUCCAGCCAGCCAGAAUACACCGGUUUCGUUCGGCGAGGACGACAGCUCCUGCGAUUCGCACACCAAAUGGGCCGAAGGCGACAUCAAUGACGUGUUGAUAAAGACCCUUGCGGAAGCGCAUGCCAAUACCAACCACAAACUGGAUGUUGUGCAUGAAAUGUUCCGGAAGUCACAGGACGUCACCCGCAUUCUGUACUACAAGAACAUGAGCCAAGAGGAACUGUGGUUGGACUGCGCGGAGAAGCUGACGGCAAUGAUUCAGCAAAUCAUCGAGUUCGCCAAACUGAUACCGGGCUUCAUGCGGUUAAGUCAAGACGACCAGAUUCUCCUGCUCAAGACGGGCUCGUUCGAGCUGGCUAUCGUCCGCAUGUCUCGACUGAUGGAUCUCUCAACUAACUCCGUCCUGUACGGGGACAUCAUGCUACCGCAGGAGGUGUUCUACACGUCCGACUCGUUCGAGAUGAAACUGGUGGCGUGCAUAUUCGAAACUGCGAAGAGCAUCGCCGAGCUGAAGCUGACGGAGACGGAACUGGCACUGUACCAGAGUUUGGUGUUGCUUUGGCCUGAACGAAACGGCGUCCGAGGUAAUACGGAAAUUCAGCGAUUGUUCGAGAUGAGCAUGUCGGCCAUACGGCAGGAGAUCGAGGCGAACCACGCGCCGCUCAAGGGUGACGUGACGGUGCUGGAGAUUCUGCUGAAUAAAAUCCCAACCUUCCGUGAACUGUCGAUCAUGCACAUGGAAGCGCUGCAAAAGUUCAAGCAAGACCACCCGCAGUACGUUUUCCCCGCGCUGUAUAAGGAGCUAUUCUCGAUCGACUCCCAGCAAGAUCUAAUGACAUAACAGG